AAUUAGGGCCAUACCAUAAAAUAUGUUAUGUACACAUUGUAAUUUUGGCCUGUCUCGUUUUACCUAUAAAAUAAAAAAAUCAUUAAACAAUACUCUGCGUGGGUUCUCCAGGAGCUCCACUGCCAGAUCGGGAGACCGGGAAAUUUUUCGAUGGACCGACCAAAUAGUGCAAAGGGUGGGCCAAAGCCGUGAGCGGAGGACGGGCGUUGACCAACACUAUAGGAGCAAAGGGGCUGUUGGGCGGGGGCCGGUUUGAUUAUGUUACGUAAAGUAGCGUAAAUUGUGGAUUAUUCAAAAUUUGCAAUAACAUUAAAAAUAAUUCGAUAUUUCCAUUUUUUUUUGUAUGCCAUUACCUGCAUCAAUUAAUGUUAUUAUUCUUUGUGGAUGUAUCUGUCAUUUUUAUAGGUAACCAUAAAUCAGGCCGCUACGUUUCCAGUAUAGUUGUAAUUUGUAAUGACCCUAGUCCUUAGUUCAAUAAUGAUAUACUUUAUACAAUUUAUAAUACACUUUAUGAAGUACUUUGGUUUUUAAAAAAUACUUAACUGAGGAAAGUAUUGGUCCAGUUUAAAUGUUUACUCCUUGUUUAAAAGCUCACAUUUACAUAUUUAUGUUUGUUCGUCAUCAAAACAGUAUUCAAUGACCGUCAUAAUAUUAUCUGGCAUUGCACUGCUCUUGUAUUUGCUUGUUAAAUAUAAUAACCGAUAACAAUAUUAUCGCGACUUCUAGUCUCGUAGCCCGUAUCCUUUAUGUAUUUUUUAUUUUAUUAAUAAUAAUUAAACAUAUUUAGUUUUGUCAAAAGCAAACGUUGCUUAUAACUUUAUACAUUUAUAUUCUGCCACAGAUAAACAAAAUAAUAUAGAUCCUAAUACUAUGUAAUUUUCAUUCGGAAUUGUGAACUAUUCCCAGAUCACCAAAGUUUUCAGAGAAAACAUGCGUUGCUUCCGUUUGAUUGCGUUAAUAGCAGCUUUAUCGGCGAAUUUUGCAAACAGUGCGGAAUGCGAAUCAAGUCAAAACGGACAGUCUAUUAGUUUUUACAAAGCCGCCGGUGAUCUCUUGCUAACCGGAUUUUUCGACGUCUACGAUGAGAAAUGUUCGGGCCCGACGACAACGGGCAUUCAUUCCAUGGAGAUGGUGGCCACUGUAGUGCAGAUAUUGAAUUCUAUUCACUACGUACCCGGCUUGAGUAUAGGGCUUACAUUAUACGAGGUGUGUUCUCACCGAAGCUCAGACCUUCAAAAGGCAAUGAUUUCCUUCGCGGUCGACCAAGAUUGCGACAACUCUACAGUUCCAAUCGCCAUAUACACUACGGACGAUGUGCGCUCCAAACUAAAUCCGUCGAUAAAUCUAAACGUGCCGAUAAUCACCAUGAGCUCAAUAUUCGACAUUAAAGUCGUUUCAGAAUCGGCUGUAACGUUUUUAAUCGAAAACGGCGUCCAAGUGGUCGAUUUGCUGGUGGCUCAAGAUCUAGACGUGGCUCAAAAGUUUGAAGAUGUCGCCAAGAACAACGGAUUGUGUUUGAACAAAACCGUGUUGGCUCAAGAUAACGGACAAUGGAACGACUCGACAAUAGUAGUCAUAGUAUCAACAAAAGAAACUCUUAAACAAACACUAGAAUCGUUCACUGACGUCCAAGUAUCUCACUUUAUUAUUAUACCAUUGGACGGACCAUUGUUACCUGUAUCCGAUUUCAAUAACGGUUCUUAUGUAUUUCAAUCUUACGGCAGUUGUCCCCUUUUAAAUAAAUCCAGCCUCAAUUCUAGUACUCUGAGCGCAGUCGAAACGGGAACAGAAGGCCUGUCCGUUCAGUUCGUUCAAACUGCGGCAGACGUGAUGGCAAUAGUCGACCGAGUUGAAAAUGACACGAGCUCGGAUUGCGGUACCGACGUGGCCGGCAACUGUACAGCAAAAUCAAAAGCAGUAACGGUCGGUUACGACGUGGCCGCCAUUGACCGAGUACUGGAAAUGUUAAAGUUACUGAACGGCAGCUGUUACAACGUGUCGUUGGUACAUAUCACGGAGUAUAGGACGGGCGAAAGUGUGGGCGAGUACGUGCAAGACUCGAACGGUACGCGAACGCUUCGGUUUGAAGACGAUCUAGUACGCUUAGACCAGUGUGAGACGGCCUGUCUGACAUGCUCGGACACCGAGCGAACGGGACAGCAAGUGGACCUCCAGCGACCGCGGUUGACUUGGAAAGAAGACGUGUGGAUUGCAUCCGCAUUGACAGUGUCUGCGGUGGGCGCCAUAUGCGCCACAUGUAUCGGCGCAUUCGUGUUGAUACGGGUGUGCAAGAAGGACAUCAUGGAGGGCAACCCGACAUUCACGUUUAUUUUGAUCAUCGGUACGCUGUUCAUGUACGCUAGCGCCUUGCCAUUCGCGGUGGACUCUACCUCAUACGAUUGCGCUUUGUGUUACGCCAAGUUAUUCGGCACGUGUGCCAGCUGCUCGAUAGUGUUUUCCGCCAUGUUGGCCAGGAGCUUGAUGAUAGCGGCUUGUGACUGUGACUCGAGCUUCAUGAGCCACGUCAACGGCUACUUGCAGACAUCGCUGUGCGCGUUCACCGUGUGCGUCCAGUUAGCACUGCUCUUGCAAUUUUUGGCUAUACACGCGAUCGUGCCCGCCUCCGACCUGUGUCGACUGUUCGUCGACGGUAAACUGUUCUUGGGCAGCCUGUCGUACGAUGGGUUAUUGUUGCUGCUGUUGGCGUGCGCAACGCCGUUCGUGUUCAAGUCGAAGCGCAAUUACCACGAAGGGGCCUGCUUCGCCGUGGCCACGUACCUGUCGCUGGCCAUUUGGGCGUGUUGGUGUACGGCGUACGUGGUACUGCCAAAAAAGUGGUCUGACAUGUGUGUGAUGGUCGGCCUGACUGGCACGGCCACCGUUAUGGUCGUUACUGUGUUCUUGCCGCGGACCUAUAUGAUGAUGUUUGGCAUCGUACGCGAACAGAUCACCAGCUCGCUGCCUUCGCUCGGGUACGGCCACACUGGCGGAGGUGCCAGCAUAGCCGACGUCAACUACAGGUCUACUCAAGCCCUUUACGAUUCGGUUCAAGUAGCGCCGGCUAAAUGCACCAGUUUUAGGGGCCAGUCCAACCCAAACUACUAUUCGCCUGCAGGAUCACAGGUACACUCCAUACCGAGGAGUCGACCGUUAACGCCGAACGCCAUUAGCGAGUAUGACCUUCCUCCUUCACCCGACCACAAGAUCACUAUGUUUUAACGAUGACCUCAGUCCGGUCGAGUAUCAAAUUACGGUUUACCUAUUGCGAACGACCUACGAAAUGAACACAGAUAUCAGCUUAAUUUUAGAGCAGCAACGCUCCUAACGAAUAGAUUCCAAAUAAUGACGGAAUAUUUUAUAAUACGUUAAAUUCCUAUAAUGUAGCUGCUUAGAAGAAUGCAAAUUUAAACUUGAUUAGGUGGAUAAUGUCAAUUGUGCUUCAUAAAUAACCCUAUACAUCAGUAUUGUUUACAUUUUAUAAGAAUUUGGUUUAUAUAUAAUAUAAAAUUGUAAAAGUUUUGUCGUGGCAUUAUUUGUUUGUUUAAAUUAUUAUUAUUUAUUAAUUAU